AUGUUUAUGCACCUCUGGAAAUUAUUGAAAGUCGGCAGUGUAAGGCUUGGUGUAAGGCUGAAACUGAAGAAGAGAAGCAAAAUUGAGUUGGAUCCGUUCGUAAUUGCACGCAAAGCAAUAGCGUAUUGUCUUUCUCUCAUGAAGCUGCAGGGAGUUACUAGAGGUGGUACAACCUAUCAAAUGCCAUUUCCCGUUGAGGAGGCUGAAGCGGAGUUCAGAGCGAUAAAGAUUGGAUAUAUGCCGUCAGAAGUCUGCACACGCUGA